ACUAAUUUGACAGCAAUUCUGUACAAGAAAGGCGACCUUCGUUUGGAAGAUUUGCCUGCUCGAGAACCAGGACCAGGAGAAGUACAGCUGAGCAUGCGAGAUGUGGGGAUUUGUGGCUCGGACAUACACUACUGGGUGAAUGGUGCUAUUGGAGAUUUCAUCGUGAAGGCACCGAUGGUGAUCGGCCAUGAAGCCAGCGGUGUUGUAACCAAACUUGGCGAGGGUGUAUCCAGUCUUAAAAUUGGUGAUCGAGUGGCUAUUGAACCCGGCGUCCCCUGUCGCAUGUGUAAGUUCUGUAAGAUUGGACGGUACAACCUCUGCCAUGACAUGAAGUUCUGUGCCACGCCCCCUAUCCAUGGCAACCUGGCAAGACUGUACACACACGCAGCUGAUUUCUGUUUUAAACUUCCCGACCACGUGAGCACGGAAGAAGGAGCGUUGUUGGAGCCGCUGUCUGUCGCCGUUCACGCGUGUAACCGUGCCGAUGUUGGACUUGGACACAAAGUCCUCAUUUGUGGAGCAGGUCCGAUUGGUCUGGUUAAUCUGCUCACUGUGAAGGCCAGGGGAGCAUCUGAAGUGUGUAUAACAGAUAUUGACCAAACUAGAUUAGAGUUUGCUAAGAAACUUGGAGCAGAUUUUACAAUCAAGGUGACCAAAGAUCCGAAAGAGACAGCGUUACAAGUGGAGGAAGUGUUUGGCCAGCCGGCUGACAUCACAAUAGAGUGCAGUGCAGCGCCAUCUAGUAUCAAAACUGCAAUCUUUGCAACUUGUUCUGGUGGUUGUGUACUGCUAGUUGGCAUGUGUCCAGGAGAGAUCCAGCUUCCGAUAGUCAAUGCAGCAGUGAGAGAAGUGGACAUCAAGGGAGUGUUCCGAUAUGCAAACUGCUACCCCACUGCUCUGGCCAUGAUAGCCGCGGAUAAAGUGGACGUCAAGCCUCUUAUCACCCACCGCUUCAAACUGGAACAGACUCUGGAGGCCUUCGAAACAGCCAAGAGCGGGAAAGGAGUUAAAGUUAUGAUUAACUGUGAAAGAAAAUAAACUAUACUCUUCAAAAGAAGAAACGCAAAACCACAUUGUCGUAACAUUUGGAGAAUUUAUUUAAUUAUUGAAUGGUGAGUCCAAUAAUUACCAAAUGUUGCAGGAUUGUUCACA